UGAGACCUAAGUGCGUGGGCCCUGGUUGAAUUGACGUGGAAUGACCCCAGGGGUAAUUGGGCUUAUUGAUUGGUCACUUUUUCCAAUCAAAGCUCCAAGUGGCCCAAGUGAGCCGGCAUACGUGUGCCGUAAAGGAUACCAUGCCAUUAACGUUCAGGCCAUAGGGGACCAAAAUAUGGUUAUACGGCAUUUGUUGGCAAAGUGGCCUGGAUCCAUCCACGAUUCAUUCAUAUUCAACACCAGUGAUAUCAAUGCUUACCUAAGUGAGGGCAGGGCAAGUGGAUGGCUUUUGGGAGACUCGGGAUACCCCUUGAAACCCUACCUAAUGACACCAGUCAUGAAUGAGCAGACAGAGGCAGAGAGGAAGUAUAAUGUGGCACACAAAAGGUGCCGUAGCCGUCAGGAGAGGCUUUAUGGUAUAUGGAAAGGAAGAUGGAGAUGCCAUGAUAAGAGUGGGGGAUAUCUUCAGUAUUCCCCUGAGAGAGUGGUGAUGUUUGUGAAGGCCACUGCUGUGCUGCACAAUGCAGGAUGGCUAAUCUCCCGGACCCUGAAAACAUCCCGGUUGAAGAUGAGGAGGAAGGCCAUGAUGGCAUAGGCCUACAUGAUGGUACACAGA